CGUCCACUCUCCUCGUCAUUUAUCUCCAAUCUCCCUCUGUUUUUCUUUUGUUUUUCCUUUCUUCUUUCUCUUUUCUUCCUUCACCUUCUUCCUUGCAUCAUCUGACCGCUGUAGAAGGAGGAGUGGCAACACACAUCAGUGUGAUCAUGUCGUCGAUUGCCCUCGAUCCCCUCCUUUAUCACUGUGCUAAAGCCAAACACAGGUUUCAUCAUCGUCCUAGAUUCAAUAUGCUCAAGCCUUGUUCCUUUACUUACUGUCCCAAUAAGCUUCUUUGUCAUGGCCGAAAGACCUUUGUCCAUUACAAUUCUUAUAGACUUCCUACUUUUAAAGCUACCACUACUAAUGCGCCUACAUUCCAAUCUACCGAUGUCUUGUUCAAGGAGACCUUUCCUCUCAAGCGCAACGAGAAGUUGGAGGGAAGGAUCUCUGUCAAACUAGCCCAGGGGAAGGACCACAAUAAAUGGGAGCUUACUGUAGGAUGUAACCUUGCUGGGAAAUGGAUUCUUCAUUGGGGGGUGUCCUUAAUCGACGAUAGUGGCAGCGAAUGGGAUCAACCUCCUAAAGAAAUGAUACCACCAGGUUCAAUAACCAUCAAAGAUUAUGCUAUUGAGACACCAUUGAAGAAAUCAUCCUCAUCCUCUUCGGGAGAUGUCGUUCAUGAAGUGAAGAUAGACCUUGCUCCCGACAAAACAAUUGCAGCUAUAAAUUUUGUUUUGAAGGAUGAAGAAACUGGAAUUUGGUAUCAGCACAAAGGGAGAGAUUUCAAGGUGCCUCUUUUAGACUACUGUGGUGAGGAUGGCAAUAUAGUUGGAGCUAAAAAGGGCUUGGGUUUAUGGCCUGGUAGGAGUGGGGCUUUGGGUCAGCUAUCCAACCUCCUUGUCAAAACAGAAACAAAUUCUAAAGAUCAAGGAAGCAGUAGUGAAUCUGGGGAUACGAAGGAGGAUAAGAAGUCUUUGGAAGGAUUCUAUGAAGAGCUGCCUAUUGUAAAGGAAGUUGCUGUUGAUAAUUCCAUCAGUGUUUCAGUUAAAAAGUGUCCUGAAACAACCAAAUAUCUUUUGUAUCUGGAAAGUGAUCUACCUGGAGAUGUUGUUGUUCACUGGGGAGCAUGCAGAGAUGAUACUAGGAAAUGGGAGAUUCCAGCUGCUCCUCACCCUCCAGAAACAACAGUAUUCAAGAACAAGGCCCUGCGUACGCUACUGCAGCCAAAAGAAGGGGGGAAGGGAUGUUCUGGUGUUUUUACCAUAGAAGAAGAUUUUGGAGGAUUUCUUUUUGUUCUCAAGCAGAAUGAGAACUCUUGGUUAAACUAUAAGGGAGAUGACUUUUACAUUCCCUUAUCAAGUUCUGGUAACUUGCCUGAUCAACAAAGAAAGAGCAAAUUAAAAGACAGCGGAGCAUCUAAAAAAUCUGGAGAAGAAUCUGAGGGAGUUUCUGUUACUGCUUAUACUGAUGGAAUUAUCAAGGAAAUAAGAAAUUUGGUUACUGACAUUUCUUCACAAAAGACUAAAAAGAAAAAAACCAAAGAAGCACAAGAAAACAUUCUUCAGGAAAUUGAAAAAUUGGCAGCGGAAGCCUACAGUAUCUUCAGAAGUUCUGCUCCAACUUUUACAGAAGAAAUAAUUGAGAUGCCUAAACCUGUAGAACCACCUGUGAGAAUAUCCUCUGGAACAGGUUCGGGUUUUGAAAUAUUGUGCCAAGGGUUUAAUUGGGAAUCUCACAAAUCUGGAAGAUGGUACAUGGAACUUAAAGAGAAAGCUGCAGAAUUAUCCUCCCUUGGUUUUACUGUGCUAUGGUUGCCACCUCCAACUGAAUCUGUGUCACCGGAGGGGUACAUGCCGAAGGACCUGUAUAAUUUAAAUUCCAGAUAUGGUAACAUUGAUGAGCUGAAGGAUGUUGUGAAGACGUUCCAUGAUGUCGGGAUAAAGGUUCUUGGUGAUGCUGUCCUAAAUCAUCGUUGUGCACAUUUUAAAAAUCAAAAUGGUAUUUGGAAUAUAUUUGGUGGUCGCUUAAAUUGGGAUGAUCGUGCAGUUGUUUCAGAUGAUCCACAUUUUCAGGGUAGGGGCAACAAAAGUAGCGGAGAUAACUUCCAUGCUGCGCCUAACAUUGAUCAUUCACAAGAUUUUGUGAGAAAUGAUAUUAAAGAAUGGUUAUGCUGGUUAAGAAAGGAAAUUGGGUAUGAUGGAUGGAGGCUUGAUUUUGUCAGAGGAUUCUGGGGUGGUUAUGUGAAGGAUUACUUGGAUGCAAGUGAACCUUACUUUGCUGUUGGUGAAUACUGGGAUUCCCUGAGCUAUACGUAUGGUGAGAUGGAUCAUAAUCAAGAUGCUCACAGGCAGAGGAUCGUUGAUUGGAUAAAUGCUACUAAUGGAACUGCUGGAGCAUUUGAUGUUACUACCAAAGGGAUCCUUCAUUCUGCACUUGAUAGAUGUGAAUAUUGGCGAUUAUCAGAUGAGAAAGGAAAGCCUCCCGGAGUCGUUGGAUGGUGGCCCUCUCGUGCUGUUACCUUUAUAGAGAAUCAUGACACUGGAUCUACUCAGGGUCAUUGGAGAUUUCCUGGUGGGAAGGAAAUGCAAGGAUAUGCUUACCUCCUGACUCAUCCUGGGACACCAUCAGUAUUCUAUGACCACAUUUUCUCCCACUACAAAUCUGAAAUUGCAGCACUUAUUUCUCUCAGAAAACGAAAUAAAGUUAACUGCCGGAGUGUAGUAAGUAUAGUGAACUUCUCUAAAAAAUUUGAAAGAAAAAUUAAAGAAAUUGACUACUUGAACUUUAUUUUCCUAACCCUUUCACCUUCUUCGGGAUGUUUUUUUUUUCUUUUUCACAUUUAUUGGAUAGAUAAUAAUAAUAGUAAUAGUAAAGGAAAGGACCUGAAAACAGAAUAUAUUCUUUUUCCUUUUUCUGUAUGAAGAAACUCAUUACUUCAUGGAAAGAAACGGAAAAAAGUAAUGUAAUUACAAAAGAAUUUCGAUUGUAAAGAACAACACCAUGAAGCUGUAUUCUGUAGAAAAAUACAUAGAAUUGAAGGCUGAAGAUUUAUCUUCAAAGUUUCUAACAUUCCUUUCCUUUCAUAUAUGCCACGAAAGGACCCUAAUCGCACAGCUUCAUAAAAUACAUUUCAGAUUGGACAUUCAUUAUAUAUCAAUCCAUCAUCCAUGGAGUUGAAAAAAUAAAUAUGCUAGUAUAGACUCCCGAUUCUUAUGCGUCGUGGUCAAUUCACUGGUAUAUCAUGAAGGCAAGUUUUUAGGCCUUGGCCAUAUGAUGAAUGGAAGCUAUAAAGUAGGAAGUCCAUGUAUAGACUGGAAUUACAAGCCCAUAGGUAUUAACACUGUUAGUUGGCUGUUUUUGGAAAAGUACUGGCAGUUGCUUUGACUCUACUUCUCUCUUUUCACUUUUUAGACCAUUGUAGUUCCGUAGUAAACAUUCAUUGGUCGCAAUACCACAAAAUCCUUUUGUCCUAUGCUAUUAUAGAUCAACAACAAAUAUAACUAUGCUUUUAUUACUUUGUAC